CAUUAUGCCAUUUCAUACAUUUUUCGGAUGUUUGCAUGGGCUAAGCUAAGAAUGAAGAUGGUGAUUAUGCUUCCUCUGCUUCUCUUUUUCUCUCUCUCUACGCUCCCUACUCAUAUAGCAAAGCUUUCUAAUUAUUCUGAUCAACAAGCUCUGAUUGCUUUCAAGGAUGCUCUCCUUUUGGAUCCAUUUAAUUCCCUCCUCGAUUGGUCUCCCAAUCACACCUUCUGCAAUUGGACUGCUCUUAUCUGCUCGUCUCGUCGACAGCGCGUAGUUUCCUUGAAUUUCACAGGUAUGGGAUUAGCUGGCCCCAUCUCUCCCUUUUUGGGAAAUCUUUCCUUCCUUAGAGUACUUGAUCUCAAACAUAAUAGCUUCCAGGGACAUAUUCCAUAUCAGCUUGGAAGCUUGUUUCGCCUGAGAUGGCUUCGGUUUUCUUAUAACAAUUUAAGUGGAAGCAUUCCCUCUGAAUUUAGUCUUCUUUCAAAUCUAAAAAUCAUGGCAUUAGACGAAAACAAUUUGACAGGUAUUAUCCCACCUUUCUUAGGAAACAUGUCCUCUUUAACAAACAUAGAUUUGGGCAUCAAUAGAUUCCAAGGUAGUAUUCCUCAUGUGUUGGGUAUGCUUAGUCAACUAAAGAUGCUUGAUCUUUGCAUGAACAACUUAAUAGGGCCGAUCCCCGUUUCCCUUUCAAAUUGCACUCGUCUCCAAACGUUGGAGCUAUGUGGAAAUCACUUAAGCGGUCCAAUUCCAUGGGAGUUUGGAAGGCUGUCCCAGUUGCAACAUGUGUUUUUGUGGGAGAACCAACUCACCGGAGAAAUACCCAGCUCAGUGGCUAAUUGGACUCAGCUGCAAGUGCUGGAUUUCAAGACCAACCAACUCAGCGGCACAGUACCAAAGGAAUUUGGGAAAAUGCAGCAGCUGAGAAUUCUUCAUUUGUCACUUAAUCAUCUCACUGGCGUCUUGCCAACUUCAAUUGGUCGCCUUUCGAAUUCAUUAUCAGUUUUAGCAUUAGACUCAAACGAAAUUGGGGGAAACAUACCAGAUGAGAUUGGUAACCUCACAAUGUUGUCAUAUCUAGGUCUAGAAGAAAACCGAUUCAAUGGGACCAUUCCAUCUGCACUCUGCAGACUUCCAAAUCUUGAAAGAUUGUACCUGCACACAAACAAUUUACAUGGGAGAAUUCCAGAAUGUUUUGGCCAAUCAAAAAGGCUUGGAUUGUUGUCUCUCAAUCGGAACAUGCUUUCAGGGCAAAUUCCACAAGGUCUUGGUGACCUUCCACAGUUAAGAGACCUUGACCUUAGUCACAAUCAACUAUCAGGGAAAAUACCUGCCAGUUUAGGAAAAUGCAAGACUUUGGAGCUGGUGGACAUGGCACACAACAAACUAACAGGAAAUAUACCUUCUGAAGUUGCAGGUCUGCAGAAUCUUGAGUUCUAUUUCAAUGUUUCUGGGAAUUUACUGCAGGGUUCUAUUUUGGAAAUGAGCAAAAUGGUUAUGGUUUUAGCUAUAGAUGUUUCUCAAAACAAUUUCUCGGGUGGCAUUCCCAGUGCACUGGAAAGCUGCAAGGGGUUAAUGUAUCUAAAUCUUUCUGGGAAUGCAUUUGAGGGGCCAAUUCCUGUAUCAUUGGUAAAUCUAAAAAAUCUACAGUACAUGGAUCUUUCUUGCAAUAAUUUGUCAGGUACAAUACCGGUGGCUUUCAAAAAGAUGAAAAUGCUCCAGCAUCUCAAUCUCUCUUCAAACAUGUUAACUGGAGAGGUCCCAAAGGGAGGAGCUUUUGCAACACUUGAUGCCUCUGAAAUUAUGGGAAAUCUCGGCCUUUGUGGUGGAUGGAUAAACUUGCCGCCAUGCUCUCAUUCCAAACACAAAGAGACAUCUGUCUCCAAAAAGGUAAUAAUUCCUGUUGUAGUCGGCAUUGCAAUUUUGACCAUGUCUCUUCUAUUGGUAGCAUUUUCGUAUAGAUGGAGACGUUCUUGUACCCCUGCUCUCAAAGUAUGGCCUCCAAAAAUUUCAUAUGAAGAACUAGUAGAUGCAACUGGCGGAUUCAGUGAUGAAAAUCUUUUAGGAAUUGGUAGUUUUGGAUCAGUUUAUAAAGGGAUUCUAAGAGAUCGUACAAAUAUUGCUGUCAAAGUUCUCAAGUUGCAAGAUGAACAUGCUCACCAAAGUUUCAGCAGAGAAUGCAAUGCAUUAAAGAGAGUUCGGCACCGCAAUGUAAUUAAAAUCAUUUCAUCAUGUUCCAACCUUGAUUUUAAAGCCUUAAUUCUUCCAUUAAUGUCAAAUGGAAGUUUAGAGAGGUGGUUGUAUCCUCGUGAAGGAGGCCAAUGCAAAUUAAAUUUGAGUGAUCGAUUAAGGAUAUCAAUGGAGAUAGCACAAGGAAUGGCCUAUCUUCAUCAUUAUUGCUUUGUUCAAGUGAUCCACCGUGACCUCAAGCCCAACAAUGUUCUAUUAGGAGAUGACAUGAUUUCAUACAUAGCAGACUUUGGCCUUUUCAAUAUUUUUUUUUGCAAUUCCAUGGAUUCUUUGACUUCUACAGAUGCACUUGAAGGAUCUGUUGGCUACAUUGCUCCAGAAUAUGGAAUUGGUGGAAAUAUUUCAACAAAAGGAGAUGUAUAUAGUUAUGGAAUCUUAAUUUUAGAGUUGUUGACAAGGAGGAGACCAACAAAUGAUAGGUGGACAGAAGGAAUCAAUCUACCAAAAUGGACAGAAAUGCAUUUUCCAAAUAGAAUCUCAGAUGUGGUGGAUAAUUGUCUUCUUAUAGAUGCUCAUGACUCAGAGACGUCAACAGUGAUGGAAUGCCUUACUCAAUUUAUACAAAUUGGGUUGUUUUGCACAAGGGAGUCACCUCAAGAGCGCCCUGAUAUGACUGAGAUAAUUGAUAGACUAAAUACAAUCAGAGGUGCAUUUCUUGAUACCCCUAAAACUCUUCAAUUACCAUUGAAUUAGGAAAUAGGGGAAGUUGGUCUACAUCUACAUCCUAAGCGUAAAGAAUUGUUCUUGUUUUAUCUCUUACCCAAUCCAAAACAUAAUGAUGUCCUAAAAUAUUAUUUUUGAUAGUAUAUAUUAUGAGCACAUGGAAUAAUGUUCAUAUGUGCUACCUAUAUUGGAUAGUAUAUUUUGACAUUAUUUAGGGCCUAUAUUUGAAAUUGUGAGUGGAAAGAAGAUGUGGAUAUGAUGUAUUUUGGGCCAUAUCAAUGAUUU